CCGGAUCAGCGGGAGGCGAGUGCCGCUGACCAUCAAACACCAGGCGCGCGAAGCCGAAAAUAAAUGAAUAAAACGAGCGCGAGGAGGUGACGACGACGAUAACGUAACAAUAUACCGCGCGCGCACAUCCGCGUACCCGCUCGUGCACGCUGAGAAAUAUACCCCACCUUCUACUACCGUUGCCGUAGUUACCUAGCGCGAGGAGCGACCAGUGAGCAGGCGGGAAGGAAGCGAGGAAAGGAAGCGAGGAAAGGAGGGAGCGGAAUUAGUCAGCGGUAGAGAAGGGAGGAGAGGAGGCGAGGCGGCGGGUUGUUUCUGCCGAGGUGGACGUGGCGGGUCCGGCUGCGCGAGUGAGGAAGUGACCGAGGAGGCGCCAUGAAGCGGACCAGGCUGGGCCCCGUGAGGUGACAUCAGAGACUCCUUGUUGGACUCCUAAAGGACACGCCCCCUCUCAGGUAGACUUCUACAGAGGAGGGAGAAAGCGUUGGCAAUACGUCGGCCCAACCGGAGCGUGGCGAGGAGGGUUAGCUCCGCCCCCUCACCAUGACAGACUUGGAGACGGAGUGUUUGAGCCUCUGCUCUCCCCCCCCACCUCUGGACUCGGGGCCCGACUGCCCCCCCGCGCUCGGGUCGCCGGCGGUGGAGCUCGCCGAGCCGCUGGCGAUGCUGCCGUGUGUGAAGAGCGAGCCGGAGGACGGGGACCUGGACAGCAUUCAGACCGUGGACCUGUCGGAGAUCCAGCCUCUGGCCACGGCCGACCUCGGCCAGGACCAGGUCAAGAUGGAGAUCAGCGGCCUCGACUACAUCAAGUCUGAGCACCACCACCUUGGCCACUUCCACCACGGAGACGCCACCGAGCUGGACUAUAAGUCGCACUACGAGCCCAGCUCUGUGUUCGACUACAUCUCCCAGGUGACGGACACCCUGGGCUACAUCAAGUCGGGCCACCAUGUGGACGUCCAGUGUUACUACACCGCCGAGCUGAGCUCCCUGAGGUGCGAGUACCCCGAGUCCAACGGGCUGGAGUCCAUCCACAUGGCGGAGCUGCGCACCGAGCUCAACAAGCUGCGGCCCGACGCGCUGCUGACGGACGGCAAGCCGGACCCCGAGUGCCCGGGGGCGGCGCCGUACGGUGCGGCGUCCGGCGGGGACGGUAAGGAGGCGGCGGGAGGCGGUUCCGGUCCGCCGAGCAAAGCCCAGAACCCGGCUGCGAGGAAGCCCCGCGGCGCGCAGGGCGAGAAGCCCUUCUCCUGCGCGCAGUGCGCCAAGAACUUCAGCACGCUGGGGAACCUGAAGACGCACCAGCGCAUCCACACCGGCGAGCGGCCCUACAGCUGCUCGCAGUGCGGCAAGAGCUUCGGCCAGGCCGGCAACCUCAAGCGCCACCGGCUGAUCCACACGGGCCAGAAGCCCUACGUCUGCGCCCACUGCCCCAAGGGCUUCACCAAGGCCGACGACCUGCGCUCGCACCAGCGGCUGCACACCGGCGAGCGGCCCUUCGCCUGCCCGGCCUGCGGCAAGAGCUUCGGCCAGGCCAAGGAGCUGAAGGCGCACCAGCUGAGCCACACGGGGGAGCGGCCCUUCUGCUGCCAGCACUGCGGCAAGAGCUUCAGCAAGGAGGCGGGCUACCGCAACCACGUGCAGAUCCACACGGGCCAGAAGCCCUUCGGCUGCUCGCAGUGCGGCAAGACCUUCGGCAACUCCGGCGUGCUCAAGACCCACGAGAAGAUCCACUCCGGCGAGCGGCCGUUCGGCUGCACGCAGUGCGGCAAGAGCUUCGGCCGCCUGGGCCACCUGAAGGCGCACCAGCAGAUCCACACGGGGGAGCGGCCCUUCGCCUGCGCCGGCUGCGGCAAGACGUUCAGCCAGUCGGGGCACCUCAAAGCUCACGAGCAGAUCCACAAGCGCGAGCCCGGCGCCGCGAGCGCCGCUAGCAGCCCUUGCGGUGCUAGCGGCGCUAGCAGCGACAGCAGCUGAAAGGAACUCCUCCCCUUUAAAGUUCUCGGAUAAACAAAGUAUUAUUCCUCUUUUUUUAUAAAUCAUAUAUAUAUAUAUAUAUAUAUAUAUAAAGCUCUUUUCCUUUUUUCUUACAUUUUCAUACCUGUUGUGCUCUUUUGCAUUGUGUGUGUGUGUGUGUGUGUGUGUGUGUGUGUGUGUGUGUGUGUGUGUGUGUGUGUGUGUGUGUGUGUGUGUGUGUGUGUGUGUGUGUGUGUGUGUGUGUGUGUGUGUGUGUGUGUGUGUGUGUGUGUGUGUGUGUGUGUGUGUGUAAACCGGUCCCAAAGGCCCAGUACUUAUUCUGAAGUACUUAAGCACAAACUGUUCUUACUGAACCCAGACCAGCAGCUCCAGGACCCUGAUGCCAUGUUUUAUACUCCGGUGCUUUACACUCGCAUUGCAGAAGAGGACUAGAGACUCGGGGAGCCAGCCGUGACCCCGAGGUGACCCCGAGGUGACCCCGAGGUGACCCCUAGAGACAGCAGACGGAGGCCGUGCUCGUGCCUACGGGGCGAGUGCACCGGCGUCCGUGACGAAGGUCUCCUGAGAGCUCUUCGUCAGUCCUCUGAUGUUCUUCAGGUUCACGUACUUUAGACGUCCUGCUGAGGGAGCUGCUCUGACUGGAGGAGCUCCUGAUCGGUGAGGACUCCGUGAUGACGCCACAUUCCUGCUUUUUUUGUAUCUGAAUAAAAAUCAUUCCAGUUCAAAGUUUUCAGCAUCUUCGGCUCCAAAGGACCAAAACCCCUCAGGAGCCCCCCCCCCCCCUCCCCGGUCCGGAUCGCACACUGUGUACAAAUCUUUAUUGAUUAAGGCAUUCCUAAUGAAAUCUAAUAACAUGUUGGAAAAGAAACGACCAUGAUGCAGCAUCUUGUACUGGAACAUAAUUAUUAAAGAAACUAAUGAGA